CGGGCCGCGGUCACUGCGGGCCCCCGGGGAAGCCGACCGGCCACCGACCCAGCGGGGACCACCGAUCUUCGGCGGAGGGAGCAGCGCCGGGGCGCACGCUUGGCACCAUGGCCCAGACGCCAGCUUUUGACAAGCCCAAAGUAAGUCCACAGAUAAGAGGCCUUCUUCCCCAGGAAGUCUGACCCAGAGGCCUCUGAAGAAUUCCAGGGUUGCUGCUGCUUCCUGUAUCCCUGUGGAAUCAAGCCAGCCCCCAGCCUAGAAAAAGGAAGAGGGGCAUCGCUCUGCCUGCCAGCACACCAGAGGAGCUUCAGGACAUCAUUGGCAUGGACAAGCCGCUCAGCCUCCCGGGAUUCCUGGCCAGGUUCGACAUCUACAUGCCUGCCAUUGCGGGCUGCCGGGAGGCCAUCAAAAGGAUUGCUUACGAGUUUGUGGAGAUGAAGGCCAAAGAGGGCGUGGUGUAUGUGGAGGUGCGCUACAGCCCACACCUCCUGGCCAACUCCAAAGUGGAGCCGAUCGCCUGGAACCAGGCUGAAGGGGAUGUCACCCCAGAUGAGGUGGUGUAUCUCGUGGACCAGGGCCUGCAGGAAGGAGAGCGAGACUUCGGAGUGAAGGUGCGGUCCAUCCUGUGCUGCAUGCGCCACCAGCCCAGCUGGUCCCCCGAGGUGGUGGAGCUGUGUAAGAAGUACCGGCAGCAGACCGUGGUGGCCAUCGACCUGGCCGGAGAUGAGACCAUCAAAGACAGCAGCCUCUUCCCUGGGCACGUGGAGGCCUACGCGGAGGCCGUGAAGAGCGGCGUCCACCGCACGGUCCACGCUGGGGAGGUGGGCUCGGCUGAGGUGGUGAGAGAGGCCGUGGACACGCUCAAGACUGAGAGGCUGGGACACGGCUACCACACCCUAGAGGACGAGGCCCUUUACAACAGGCUGCGGCAGGAAAACAUGCACUUCGAGGUCUGCCCCUGGUCCAGCUACCUCACCAGCGCCUGGGUGCCGGACACGGAGCAUGCGGUCGUUCGGUUCAAAAACGACCAGGCUAACUACUCGCUCAACACAGAUGACCCACUCAUCUUCAAGUCCACCCUGGACACUGAUUACCAGAUGACCAAACGCGACAUGGGUUUUACUGAAGAGGAGUUUAAGAGACUGAACAUUAAUGCAGCAAAGUCCAGUUUCCUCCCAGAAGAUGAGAAGAGGGAGCUUCUUGAUCUGCUCUAUAAAGCCUACGAGAUACCACCUUCGUCCUCUGCAGAGCAGCAUCCCUGAAGACAUCAUGGCCACCUCUCAGAGUCCUCACCCUGUGGAUGGAGUCUUCACAACGCUGGAGUUAAUCGACAUGCUUACCGUUACUCCUUCCAGGGAGACUGUGAUUUCCCAUCAGCUACAGAUGCUGGUGAAGCCCACGUGCCUGUUUCUGUACACACUUAUACCUCAGCGCGGCCGUGCUUCUCCUCUGAUUGCGGGCCCGGGCCAGGAUCAGGGCCUGGGGCUGGUUGAAUCUGAAUCCUCCUACGGUGACCUAUGCUGAAAAUCUGGUGCUCAAUAAACCAAUGGCUGGGGUCGUGCA